AUGGGUGUCCCUGCCCUGUUCCGAUGGCUUUCCAACAAGUAUCCCAAGAUCAUCUCCCCAGUGAUCGAGGAGCUUCCCCAGGAAGUGAACGGAGAGGAAAUUCCCGUUGACGGGACACGGCCGAACCCUAAUGGCGAGGAAAUGGACAAUCUAUAUCUCGACAUGAACGGCAUUCCGCCGCCCCAGAAUGAGCAGGAGAUGAUGCUGGAGAUCUUCAAAUACACUGACCGAGUGGUCAACAUGGUCCGCCCGCGGAAGCUUCUGAUGAUUGCAAUUGAUGGUGUCGCACCGAGAGCCAAGAUGAACCAACAGCGCGCACGUCGAUUCCGUUCCGCCCAGGAAGCCAGAGAGAACGAUGAGAAGAAGGAAGAGUUGCAGAAGCUGCUCGCUAGACAAGAAGCCAAGAAGGGUGGUGACCAGGUUAUGCGGGAGGAGGUUGUUCAGAAGACUUGGGAUAGCAAUGUCAUCACACCUGGAACCCCGUUCAUGGAUAUUCUUGCUGCUUCGCUGCGGUACUGGAUUGCCUACAAGCUCAACACUGACCCGGCUUGGGAAAAGAUGAAAAUCAUUAUUUCGGAUGCUACUGUUCCGGGUGAGGGUGAGCACAAGAUUAUGGAAUUUGUGCGGUCCCAGCGUGCAUCCCCUGAACACGACCCUAACACUCGCCAUGUAAUUUACGGUCUUGAUGCCGAUCUCAUCAUGCUGGGUCUCGCAACCCACGAGCCUCACUUCCGAGUUCUGCGUGAGGAUGUCUUCUUCCAGGAAUCGAAACCUCGCACAUGUAGGUUGUGUGGCCAGGUCGGUCACAAGGCUGAAGAGUGUACCGGUAAGGCCAAGGAGAAGAGCGGAGAGUUCGAUGAAAAGCAACACGCAGCCCCUCUCAAGCCAUUCAUUUGGCUACAUGUCUCUGUCCUUCGAGAGUAUUUGGCUGCUGAAUUGCAUGUUCCCCAGCAGCCCUUCCCAUUCGACCUUGAGCGGGCCCUUGAUGAUUGGGUCUUCAUGUGUUUCUUCGUUGGAAACGAUUUCUUGCCUCACUUGCCUUCAUUAGACAUUCGUGAGAACGGCAUUGACACACUAAUCGCAAUCUGGCGUGACAACAUCCCGGCCAUGGGAGGCUAUUUGACUGAAGAUGGACAUGUCGCUUUCAAGCGAGCUCAGCUUAUAUUGCAAGGCCUUGCCAAGCAGGAGGACGCGAUCUUCAGACGCCGUAGACAGGCUGAGGAAAGGAGAGCAGCAAACGAAAAGAGACGCAAGGAGCAAGAGAAGGCUCGUAACGAAGAGCGAUCUAGCAAGCGAAGAAGAAGCUCCCCCCAAUACGACAACAGCCAGCCUCGUGGUGGCGGUCCUGCUGGCGGCGAUAACGCCCCGCCGCCUGGUCUGGAGCUUAUUACCCCGGGUCGUGGACACCUCUCCAAGCAGACCAGGGAGUUGACCCACAGUAUGGUGACCAAUCGCGGAGCCGUAUACCGCGCCAACAUGGAGAACAAGAGCGCUGCUGCUGUGCUGAAGAGCAAGCUUAUGAUGGGAAAUCAAGAGGAGCCUGCCGCUGAAGAGAAUGAAGAGGCAUCCAAUGAUGCUGAGCCGACAUCCCCGUCGGUUCUCGGCAAAAGAAAGGCCGAUGAGACAUCUGAGGAUCAAGAAGCAGGCACUCCGGGCAGAGACUCACCCCCGCCCCCGCCGCCUAAGCCUAAGGAGGACGAAAUGCCUGAGGACACAGUCCGUCUUUGGGAACCUGGUUAUGCGGAUCGGUACUACGAGCAAAAGUUCAAGGUCGAUCCCCAGGAUCAUGAGUUCCGCCACAAGGUUGGACGUGCUUAUGCCGAAGGUCUCGCUUGGGUCUUGCUCUACUAUUUCCAGGGGUGUCCUUCGUGGGACUGGUACUACCCGUACCACUAUGCUCCCUUCGCGGCAGACUUUGUGGACAUUGGAGACAUGGAAGUGAACUUCGAGAAGGGCACACCUUUCAGGCCAUUCGAGCAGUUGAUGGGUGUCCUGCCAGCAUCGUCCAAUCACGCUCUGCCUGAGAUCUUCCAUCCUCUCAUGAGUGAUCCGGACAGUGAGAUUAUCGACUUCUACCCCGAAGACUUUGAUCUCGAUUUGAACGGGAAGAAGUUUGCCUGGCAGGGUGUGAUUCUGCUUCCUUUCAUUGAUGAGAAGCGUUUGCUGGCUGCCAUGGAGAAGAAGUAUCCUCUUCUAACCGAAGACGAGCGGAGUCGCAAUACUCAUGGUCGUGAGGUUCUAAUGUUAUCGGAUCAACACCCGUUGUAUCAAGAUCUUGCUGCCAACUUCUAUUCCAAGAAGCCGGGCCCCGCGGAAUAUAAGAUCAACAUGCGUGUGAAUUACGGUAUGCCAAGUCUAGAUGAUGACCAUUCCCUCACUGUCAACUACAAGAUCCCCAAAUCUUCUCAUAUCCACAAGUCCAUGCUUCUCCGCGGAGUGAAGUUUGCGACGCCGAUGCUGAACUCGGCUGAUAUUCGCGCGACGAAGGGUCGUGCCCAGAACUCCGGUCGAUCCUUUGGCGGAGCGCCAUUGCAUAAUGGCCGAGGACGAGGUGGAGGCGGCCGUGUGGACUAUGGAGGAGCUUCAGACCGUCCGAACCCCUUCGCCGCGCAUCUCGAUCCACGCUUCGCGAACGGACCCGCGCCUCCCGGCUGGGCUCCUCCCGGUCAAGGCGGUGGUGACUACUCCCGGGGACCACCUGGGCCUCCUCGCGGUGGUGGAAACUAUGGCUAUAAUCAGGGCCACCAAGGCGGCUAUGGUCAACAAGAUCAAUACAACCAGGGCUAUCGCGGAAACAACGGCGGCUAUAAUGACAGCCGGGGCCGUGGAGGCUACCGUGGAGGAGGCGGCGGGUACCGUGGCGGAAAUAACCAACACCGUGGUGGCCGAGGUGGUGGUGGUUAUAAUCGGUACUAG